AUGCAACUCACCAACGUCCUGGGUCUUUGCCUCCUGGCCAUGGCCGCCAAUGCAGCCGUCCUUCCCCGAUUCGCCGGCCCCUACCACGGCGGCCGCAUCGCAGUGAAUGUUCCUACCAAUGGUACAACUCCCCAUAAAGCGACCACUACUGGCACGAUCACCAAAGCCAAAGGAGCACUGACGACGGGAGUGUCGAAGGUCAAGAAUGGCAGUGGUCGUAAUAAGCCUCACUCGUCGCAUGGACCGCAAAAGGUCAAUAUCCCGCUGAACUCGAAUAUUCCCAACCACAUCAAGCAUAUCAACCACUGCAAUGAGCUGUGCUCGCUGGAGUCACAAACAUGCACGAUUGCGAUGCCGGAUGAGGAUGAAUACUGUGGUGAUGGGUACAAGCAGUGUAUAUCCAAGUGCCACCCGAGCGAUUUUGAAUAG